GUAAGCAAACAAAAAUAAACCGAACGAAUCGAGCAAUUAAAACUGAACAAAUUUUUGUAUACAUAACUGCGAGCAUAUCAUUGCUGUCCCAGGCGAUGGCAUUUGCGACUAGGAAGAAAGAAGAUCCGCUCUCGUCCAAUGACGAUGAGAUAUUGCAAAUCAAAAUAAUAGAGCUGCAGGACAAAUUAGAUGACAUCUUGAGCAAUCAAGACUUGAUAAUCACGCUCCUAAGUCAAGUAAACCCUCUGCCAAACAUUAAUGGACCGUUGACUGAACCCACUGAGAUCAGAACCGAAUAUUUCCCAGUGCGAGAGCAGCAAGAACUGGAAAAAUUAGACUCUGAAUUGGCCAAUCCCGGAAAUAGCUUUAUUCCUAUGAUGAAGCGAAUUUUGCGGCCAGAAGGCAUCAUCCAGCCACUGAAGGAUAGUAUACCCAAGAUAUUCGGAGAGGAAAUAAUAAUGGGCUUCAACUUCGAUGGUGUUAACCACAAACAGCCGUUUAGGCAGUUUAAGAAUAUUAACAGGACCAUCUAUGAGAUUCAAAAAAGAAGUGGAUACACUGAAGCAGACUACAUCGCAGACAUAAGAAUUACUUUUCACACCCUAAAACGUCGGUAUCAUAAAAGAAAACACGAUGUGAAAAGGAGGAGUAAAUUGAACAAGUUCUUUGACUGAGUUUAGACAGUUAGACAGUGCUAAGAAUGAAAAAAGCAAAUGUGACAAUCGCAUAGUUAGUCCGACAGUUCGAAAAAGACAUCUGCAAGACACUGAACGAGGUGGACAGCUCAGCAAGAACCUGGCCUCAACAGAUACUCUGGUACACAUGGUACUUGGAGAAGAUCUGAGAUCUGACAACUAAGAAUAUUGUGUGUAUUAAGAGAGAUAUUGACCCUUUUGGGAGAUUUAAUUUUCUUUUAUUUAUAUAAACAUAAACAUAAACAUUUACUUUCAUUAAAAUGAUAA